UUGCCUUUCACAGUGAAGCCCCGGGUCCAGACUCAUUUGUUCUUGCAAUCUUACGAAAUCUUGAUUCCAUGGCCGCUGUUUGACAUAUUCUUGUUCGUUCUGAUCCAAUGCUUCUUCUUCGCCGACUUGGAGCCGUAUUUCGUUCAUCGAGAAGGUUGUAUAGCAGCAACGGCGACCAUGAUUUGGCAAAUACCAUCGCUGAAUUUAACAAGGAAAUGGAAUCAGUAUUUGGAGACCUUCCUCCUAGUGGGAUUUCAGGUUCUUCACAUAACAGUUUUACAGUUGAAAAGUCUGCAAUAACGCCUCAAGAAUGUGAAAAUGCCGUGUCUUUGACCCAUGUUGGCAGAGCUGGGGAAGCUCAAAUGGUCGAUGUUUCUCCAAAAGAAAGCACCAAAAGAAUUGCAAUUGCUAGUUGCAAUGUAAUUCUUGGCAAGAAGGUGUUCGAUUUGGUCUUAGCUAACCAAAUGGCCAAGGGCGAUGUCCUCAGUGUUGCUAAAAUUGCAGGAAUAAGUGGAGCAAAGCACACAAGCACUCUAAUUCCACUUUGUCAUAACAUAACCCUGUCACAUGUGCGAGUCGACCUUCAUUUAAAUCCCAAAAAUUACAGUGUGGAUAUAGAAGGAGAAGCUGCAUCAACAGGUAAAACGGGAGUUGAAAUGGAAGCAAUGACAGCGGUGACCAUUGCUGGCCUUACUGUCUAUGAUAUGUGCAAAGCAGCUUCAAAAGAUAUACAGAUCACAAAUGUGCGACUUGAAAGUAAAACGGGUGGGAAGAGUGGACAAUGGUCAAGGGAGGAGUAAAAGCUUAAAGGUACAUGUGUUGUUUUACUUCUUCUGAAUGUUUGAGACAGUUGAUUUGAUGCACAUUUUCAAGAAAAUCUGGUUUGGUUUUACAACUUGGAUUGAAAAGUAGUUUGUCCUUGAGAUUAUUAGGUGAACUCUAAUGUUAAAAAAAGGAAAGAUUAGUAGGUGAACCCUUGGCAGUCAUGUUACAAGAACCCCCAUGACUACAUCUACGCAUGAUCUACGCCCCCUCCCCCUUCUUUCUUCUAUAAGCUUACUUGGAUGCAUCUCUUACCACAAAGAGGUGUUAAAUUCAACACUAUCCUAAUCCUCUUCUUCAGGGACGGACCCAAGUAACAACAUCCUUAUUCUAGCUUCUUUGCUGGAACCUUGGAAACAAUCAUAUGAGACACAUGUUUAGAUGUCAAUUUUUUUAGGAUUAAGGCUAUCUUGUAUGAUUCCAUCCACCCAUGCUCUUUUUUCUAUUUAGGAUAUCAUAAUGUAAUUUCUUACUGUUUUAUUUUCAAGGAUUCCCCCAAUACCUUUGGUUAAGAAGCUCAGGAAAGUCAUCUAGUCCUGGUGUUUAGUUGAUACAUUUGUUGUAAGGCCAUUUCAAUUUCUUUACGUGCAAAGUUGUUAGUUUUACAUUGAUUUCCACUAUAACUCUUGGACUCGUGUGUCUUGGAACUUUUUGAAUAUGGAUUGCAUAUGGCGAUUCAAAAUUAGCUUUAGAAUAAGAAAGUUAUCUUCAACACCACUUUUGCCCCCUCGUCAUUCGCUUGGACCAAUAAAAAUUCCCUUGAUUUCA